AUGGCCACCACGUUCAACCCGUUUGGCGGCGUCGGCCGUGGCCAGCGAGGCGGACAGACCGGUACCGGCUCGACAGGUCGUGGUCGAGGAGCGCAUUCGGCGCGCGGCACGUCUUCAUUUCCUCCAAGAGGAGCAAGCAAUUCUCGGGGGGCCAAAUACCGCGGUCGAGGCCGUGGUGCAGGUGCGAACGCAAGUCGUGGUCGUGGUGCAGGCACCACAGGUGCACACCAGUCGACUGCCUCGGGAUUGCAAGCGAAUACCCCCCCGCACACCAAUUCACCGUUCGGCCAAUUUCAAAAGAAACAGUCGCCCUGGUCCACUUUCGGCCAACCGAGCCAAGCCGCCAACAUCAACUCGCCAUUUGCCGCUUCCGCUCACAAUACCAAUUUUGGCAAACAAGGAGCGCAGAAACAUUACCUGACUUCGUCGGAGAGGAGGAAGCAAGCCGCCGGUCAACCCGUACCUGUGGAGGACAGCUCUGCUAUGGCAGAAUAUGCAGAACGAUACGAACAGUUGAAACUCGAUCGUGACCGCCAGAGGAAGCAAGCCAUCAAAGAUGGCCACAUGGCUGAUCCUAAUCAGCCUACUUCUCUCAAACAAGCAAUUACCCCGGUGGGUACUUGCGAAGACAUGUGCCCCGAAUUCGAAAUGGUCCAGCGGAUUGUGCAAAAGAUGGUGGAUAAGAGUGAAAAGUACCUCCACCCGUCGACCGGUGCUCUUCAAAACAUGGAGGGGAAAAUGCUGAAGCGUUUCCGACGAUCGGCUGCUGGCUACGAUGAGCAACUUCCGUCUGACAUUCGAACACCCAAGGCUCUUCUGCAGUCAACGAAUUAUCUCAUUCGAUAUGUUCUCGAUGGACCCGAGCCGCUGGGUCUCAUUCACAAGUUCGUCUGGGAUCGGACUCGGUCCAUCCGCAAUGACUUUUCUGUCCAACAGGUUACCAACGUGAGCGAUGUUAAGAUCGCAGUGACCUGCUUGGAGCGGAUUGCCCGUUUCCAUAUCGUUGCGCUCCAUCUCCUCUCGAGCCCAGCGAACGAGGAGCCGUUUGACAGUCAUCAGGAGCGUGAGCAGCUGAACAACACCAUGCUCUCCCUGAUGUACUACUAUGACGACAACCGAGGCCGUAUCAUGUUUCCCAACGAGGCUGAAUUCCGCGCCUACUACAUCAUUUUCUCAAUCCACGACCAGCGGCCCGAUCUCGAGGCGCGUGUGCAGAGGUGGCCUGUUUAUCUAGUGAGGUCUCCUCCAGUCCAAGUGGCCUUGGAACUCUAUGCUGCUUCCUGCAACACGUGGCAACUUCAGGGCACUCUCGAUGCACGUCGACCGAACGCAGUCGCUCAGGGAUUCUAUCAGCGGUUUUUCAACAUCGUCAAUUCCCCCGGUGUCUCGUAUCUCAUGGGCUGUGUUGCAGAAAUCUAUUUCAACUAUGUCCGGCAAACAACCAUUCGGGACAUCUGGAGGGCCUACUGUCGAAUGCCGCUGUCCCAGCAGCACAAGAACGACGAAUGGACCCUGGAUGAGCUGACGCGGGUGUUGCAUUUCGAUGACGAUGCCGAGACCAUCUUGUUUAUCGAGGAACAAGGCCUCGAAUUUGCUCGUGAUGAAGAAGGGAGGCAAUAUGUGAAUUGGGGCCAACGCCAUAUUGACUCAGUGGCGUUUUCUCCAUCCUCGGGUCAUGCCUAUUCCGAAACUUGCGUUGAGAACAAGCGCGUGGGCAGAAGCUUGGUUGCCAUUAUCCUAGGCAUGUCCAUUCGCGAAGCGGCGAGAAUGGGAAUGGUGGAUCAAUCUUUACUCCCACAACGCCCGAGUAAGACUCCAGAGGACACUGGACUUGAGGAAGAGGGUACGACUGCCAUGGAAGACCCUUCCAUCCUUCGCAACCCCCCGACUUCCAUACUUCCAAAUCAGACAGCUGGAACUGAAACUACCUCGAUUCCAAACCCCUUCGGAACCGCACAACCUCCUAAUUCGUUUGCUUCAACGUUCGGCGCACCCUCGCAAGCUUCGGUCGCGCCCACCCCCGCGCCGGCUCCCGCUGCUUCAAAUCCAUUUGCUGCAGCACCGGCCUCGACAAUGACCAACCCAUUCGGUAUGUCCGUUACUUUUGUACCACCGGCACUGGCUACGACUAACCCGUUUGCCAUGGCCAAAGACUCGAAGGCUGCAGCUGCGGCUCAGCCUCCAAACCCUUUCUCUUUCCUCAAGCCGGCCGGCACUGCACCGGAGACCCAAACCGAGCCCAAAGCAGCAAAACCGGCUACCGAAGCACCGAAGCCACUGUUCGCCACCCCGGUUAUGUCUAAUCCAUUCGGUGUUACGAAAGACUCGCAAACGGUUGGUCCCGCUCAGCCGUCGGCUUCACCCUUUACUUCCCCCAAACCGGCCGAGAAAACUCCCGAUACCCAAACCGAGGGUAAACCAGCCGUGUCGGCCACCAAAGCGCCGAAGUCGCUUUUCUCGACAGCCAGUGGAUCGAACCCGUUUGCUUUUGCUCCGCCGUCGCAGACUGCUAGUCAGCCUGCUUCCACACCUUCUGCUUUGCCACAGUCGACAUCCAUCUUCGCGAACAGCGACGCGGGCAACACCGAUGGGCAAAGGACCCCGGCACCUAAUCCCUCCGCUUCUCUCUUCGCCGGUCCCAAUUCUUCGGACUCGACUCCCUCUGGUCCUGACAAUGUCACUCAGCCAUCCUCCCAACCUGCAACAUCCCUCUUCACACCCGCCAAAUCCCCACUUCCGGCGACAGAGACAAAGGAGCCAGCCACGGCAACGACGAACGCUGCACCUGAAUCCGCCCGUCCAGCUUCUGUAUUUCCGGCAACUUCUCAACCUGCUCCUGCGAAUCCUUUCAGCUUCCUGGCACCAAAUACCACCCCUCAGCCCCUUCAGCUAUCCUCUUCAAUUGGACCUGGAAUCAGCUCGAGCAAUGAGUCUUCCAGCAUUUUCGAUAAUGUUAAGCCUGCAGGCUUCAAUGGCUUCAAGAAGCCCUCGAUGUAUGAAGCCCCACAGGGUUCAAGCAAUGAAAAAUCAGCCCCCCAGGCAACUUCGGCAUUGGCUUUCGACUUUUCAAAGUCGGUUCCUGCGAAACCCCUGCCUCAACCAAGUCUGUUUGCACCUGCCUCAACCGGACCUUCGCCUUUUGCGCCGUCGGCUUUCUCGGCGCCCGAGCCCUUGUUCCCGCCUGUCAAUGCUUCUGCGGGGCCCACUACGGAUCAGAAAACCCAGGUGCUCGGAAGAGAAAAGCCAGCAUUGCCCAAGCAACCUGAGCCUAUCCAACCUCAGGCAGUGGCCACGAUCGACAAUGACGGAAACAAAGUACCGAAGACACAGCCCACCACGGCUCCGAAGCUGACCGAGCCAGCUCAAACAUUGACCCACAAACACAGAUCGCAGGAAGAGCCCCUUCAGCUGCCCUCUGCCCCUCAAUCUCACAAGAGAACCCCUGAUGAGUCGACUGUGACCGCCAGCUCUAAUGCUCUCGAGGCUUCGAGCUCUAGCGAGUCCUCCGCUCCGGUUACGAAAUGGUCGGUUGCUGAAUACUAUGCCAAAGAGCUGCCAAAACUCCCUUGCUUGCAACGUGCUCAGGAGGUGAUUGAUCGCCACCGACGAAUUAAGCAAGCACCUGCAGCCGAGAACAAACCCCGGCGCGAAUUUGAAAUUGACGAGCACGAGUUCUUAGCUACUCAAGCCCGCAUUGCUGCUGAGAACUUCCGCAAUCGACCUGGCAUGUUCGACCCGCCAACGCCCGAGGAGCUUCGACGCUGGAACUCCCCCGAAUUCGGUAAACCCAAGUCCAAGUCUGUCAGCAGCUCCAGCUACAACCCGACGUCGCUUUUGUACCUGCAGCCCAAGGCCCGCACUCCGGUAAGUGAAACCCCGAAACGUCCAUUGUACGGUUCGCUGUCGUACGGCGCCGAGAUGUGCCGGUCUUAUCGUGACCCGAUCGAGAAGCUGACCUGCCGUAUGAACAAGGGCAUGAAUAUCGUGAAGCGCUACAAGGCAAGCGAGUUUUCCAAGCCUAGCCAGUAUCUUCCGCCUGCCCUGUCUCCCGCAUCUCACGGAUACGAGGUAGCGCAUGCCCCGGAUGUCGCCGAGGGCUUGGGUCGAAGCAUGUCUGCUUCCGAGCGCCGAAUUCGCGCGACUGGCGCCCACGGACUAGCCUACAAGCCUCUGGACUUCUCGCGCGCGAAAAAGCGCAAGGCAGACCAACAGAAGGAUAAGGGGAGCAAGAAGGAGCGCAAGGACGACGAGAAGGAGAGAGAGUGA